AUGGCAAUCAUCAAGUCAGUGGCAAUCAUCGGCGCUGGACCGGCUGGCGCAAUUGCACUCGACGCUCUGGCUCAGGAGCAAGAAUUUGAUGAGAUCCGGCUCUUUGAGAGAAGAGAGAAAGCUGGAGGAUGCUGGCUCGGAGAUCCGAAAGAUCACGUCCAACAAAUUCCAGACUUUGAAAAGCUUGCUUCUCGCAGACCAGACGAGACUCUUCCCAUUCCAUCCGAACUUCCUACUACGCUUCCGCACAAUACCCAAUAUAGAUUUUCUGAUACUUCGAUAUAUCCUACGUUGGAAACAAAUAUAGAUGCUUUCGCCAUGUCUUUUUCUCAAGAACCAUUCCCGGAAACGAGAUCAGCGAUUAACAUUAAAAGACAUGGAGAAAACUCGCCAUUUCGCCAUUGGAAGGUGGUGGAAAAAUAUGUUCAAGAUUUGGUGGAUCGGAAAGGAUACCCGGAUCUGAUAUCGUACGAUACUACUGUGGAGCUUGUUCAUCAAGACCCACAUACAUCGAAAUGGGUUCUGACGUUGCGCAAACCCCUUGACAAUGGUAUUGAAGAUAGAUGGUGGACGGAAUCUUUCGACGCAGUUGUUGUAGCAGCAGGACAUUACAGUGUCCCGUUCAUUCCUUCAACUCCUGGUCUUUCUACCUUCUCCCAAAACUUUCCUGGAAGGGUUCUUCAUUCGAAAGCGUGGCGUGACCCAGAAACAUAUCGUGGGAAGCGUGUAGUAGUCGUCGGCGCCAGCAUCUCUGGUCCUGAUAUUUCUUAUGCUCUUGCUGAUUAUGUUGAAAGACCUCUUCAUUCUGUUGUUCGAGGCAAAUAUCAUCCUUAUUUUUUUGACUACGCUUUCCAGCAUCCCCAUAUUCUUCGACGUCCGCCGAUAUCCCACAUAACCUCGGAUCCCAAUACAGAUGAGCGAACAAUCCAUUUUGAGGAUGGGUCUAGAUUAGAGAAAGUAGACUAUAUUAUUUUCGGUACUGGAUAUUCCUGGACUCUUCCUUUUAUUCCUAAUCUCGAUUCUACCAUUCGCAAUAAUCGUCUUCCAAAUCUGUAUCAACAUAUAUUUUGGCGCGAGGACCCUACCUUGACUUUCGUUGGUGCUGUAGCCGCAGGAUUUACAUUUAAGGUAUUUGAAUGGCAAGCCGUACUUGUAGCACGAUUUUUAGCUGGACGCAUCACUCUUCCUUCAGCUGAAGAGCAAAAGAAAUGGGAAGAAGAUAGAAUCGCAGUAAAAGGGGAUGGAGUACCCUUCACAGCUCUCCAUCCCGAUUUUGAAGAGUAUUUUGAGACCAUCAGGGAAAUGGCAGGUGAGCCCAAGAAUGGUAAAGGUAGAAGUUUACCAAAGUUCCAGAAGUGGUGGCGAGAAGGAUUUGAUAACGGACAUUUAAAAAGAAUAGAUAUGUGGAAAAGGGGGAACGAGGAAGCGAGACGUAGAAUCGAGAAAGAGAGCCGGGAAAGUGUUGUAUCACCAGAAUUACGAGUCAGCAAUCUGUAA